AGCCGACCCCAUUCAGAGAAACCUCGGUCAGAGACAAGCACGACGACUUAGUAACCUUGUUGGAUUAGAUCAGAAAUUUUUGAGAAAAAAAAUGAAGCAGCAGAAGGGGACAGGGAAACGAAAACACUCAGCCAUUCCUGAAGAAGAGCCAGAAGAAGUACCACAACCUAAAAUGGAGGCUGUUCAGGAGGAAGAGGAUGUAAUGUUUGGAGAGGGACCAACUUUUGAUCGUCCAAUGACACCCUUGGAGAAAUUACACACUAUUGUGGGAUAUGCCAUUGUACGACAAGAUAUAAGAGAUGAAAUCUACUGUCAGAUCUGUAAGCAGUUAACAGACAAUAAGAACCACAAAAGUGCAAACAGAGGCUGGAUCCUUCUGUCCAUCUGUUUGGGCAUUUUUUCCCCUACAGACCGCCUCACUAAGUACCUGGAUAGCUUUAUAUGCCAUGGGCCGAGUGAAUACUCCUCCUACUGUGCGGAGCGACUGCGGAGGACUUUAGCCAAUGGAGAAAGAAGUGAGCCACCAUGCUGGAUUGAACUACAGUCUGUAGAGACCAAGAACCCCAUUGCAGUGGUUGUGAGUCUGAUGGAUGGCAGAAGCAUCAACCUCCAUUUGGACUCAGCCAGCACUUCUGCAGAGGUGUGCAAUACAGUUAUCCAGAAAAUAAACCUGAAGGACACUUAUGGCUUCUCCCUAUAUGCUGCAAUGAAUGAGAAGAUGUGGUCUCUAGGCAGUGGCAGUCAGCAUGUCUUGGAUGCCGUGUCUAUGUGUGAGCAGGAAGAAAAGAGGCAGGGGAGAGAGGAACAGCAUGCUCCUUGGCGCCUCUAUUUCCGCAAAGAAAUCUUCACUCCGUGGCAUGACUGUUCAUCUGACCAAGUCAGCACAGACCUCAUCUAUAGGCAGAUCAUCCAUGGACUCAAACAUGGAGACUAUCAGUCUGAUAAGGAGGAUGAUUAUGUGCAGCUCGCAGCCAAACAUUACUAUAUAAAGCAUGGCUCUGAAAGCAGUAUGGAAACUUCCCAGAAGAUUGUUCGCGAGUGCAUGAACAUGACUAUAAUUGAGAACAAGUCUUUCAAACUAGUGCAGUUGGUCCAUUCUGCACACACACAGGGUCCUUACAUAAACUCUACUACACCUGCCUAUGAAGUGAAAGGAGAGAUUGUCCAAUACGCACGGCAGAAGUGGCCAGUCUAUUUCUCCAAGUUAUAUGAGGCUCGCAUGAUUUCAGGUCCAUCAAUGUUUGAAGAACAGUUUGUAGUUGUCGUGAACUGAAGGGGG